UUGUAUAAUUAAGCAAAAUGGCUACUCGAUCAUGCUCCUAUGCUUUUCUCCUUCUUGUUGCCUUCCAAUCCGCCGUUAUGAAGGGGGAUACCGUUCGUCCUCCACCUCAGUGCAGGCCGGUACCAGCUUCCACCUUAGAAAAGAUUGAAUUCGUCUUGAACUUGAUCGUUUACAGAGCAGAAAUUUUUCUGCGUUCUUCAGUCGGUCGUGGAAUCAAUGGUAUAUCACCAGGUCUGGUCCAAGGCCCCGUUCCCAUCGGCGCCACCGUCGCGGAGCUCGACGGUGAAAUCCGCGACAUCAUCGAGGAAUUUGGUUUAAGUGGUGUCGGACAUAUCAGGGCUAUCGUCAACGUCACGGAAAUCAAAGCUCCGGUUGCAAGGCCUCAGCUGAAUUUCAGCAGACAACUUUUUUCAGACUUAAUCGACGUCGUUUUGAACGGCUCUGCUUUGACUCCUCCAUUCGACGUUUACGGAGCCACCACCAACUUUUUGUUCGUUGCCGCCGAUGCUUCUUCUCUUUUACAACAAUAUUUGCUCGGAAUUAUUCCUUCCGUAGUCGGCGACGCUGAACGACGGCUGGUGGCCGGAAUAGCGCUCAAGGUGGCGGCAGAAUUCGGAGUUAUCCGAGCCCAACUGUACGGCAGGGCGAAUUCAACAGUGUCGCCUUAUAAAUUCACUGUGGCGAAUCUCACCAUGCUUAUCUCACAACUGGUUAACCAACUUGCGGGAUGCGGUGUGAAAGAUGAAGGAUUGAUGGUGCCACUCCAACUCGGAGCGGAGAAUCGGACUACCAGUAACGUCGUACCGGCGGAUGUGUAUUCCCUUGCUUCCCCACGGUAUGAACGGGAGCUCUUGAAGAUCCUAUUCGGAACCGGUAAUGCAACCAGGCCCGGUGGAUUUUUCCCAAGUGGCUUCAAUGGGACACUUUUUAGACGAAUUCAAACCCAAGGACUUAGCUAAGAGCUAUGAAAAUACUAGGAGUCCCACACAUACUUUUA